AUGCAUUCCACGUCGUCAGCCUCGUCUUCAUCAGCGUCAUCGUCGUCCUUAUCCAAAAUAUCAAUAUCCUCAUUAUUUCAAUAUACCGUCCUGGCCGCUCUCGCCUAUAUCCUCGCCGGCGCUCCGCUAUCUUCGCUACUCAGCAGUCCUUCUAGCACAUCAAAGAACAACAACACAGCAAGACCAGGCGCAGGGCAAAAUAGCCAUAAUGGUCCUGAAUUAGAGAACUUGGUGAUUCCAGAGAAAGGACUCGAGUGCGGUGGGCAUCAGUUCAAGGGUGUUUAUCUGAUGAGCCGGGAGCCAUUGGUGGUGUAUAUCGAGGGGUUUUUGGGUGAAGGGGAGGGAUAUGAGGUUGUGAGGCUAAGUACAGUCUGGACCUCUGGCCGCGAAUCGCUCAACCCCUCAAUCCGGCAAUCGGAAAAAGCGCCCCUCCCACGCUCGCAAACCGUAAAAUGCAUCGAAGAGCGCGCUCGCACCUUCCAGGGCUGGCGCCCGUACACCUUCAUUGAGAAACUCUGGGCCCAGCGCUACAACCAGGGCGGCCACUACACAUACCACUAUGACUGGAGCACCGCAACCAAAUCUAGCGGCCGCGUGAGUAGCUUCAUGGUUUAUGUCGCUGGCGAGUGCAGAGGUGGUGGCACUCAUUUCCCGCGGUUGGAGAAGCCUGUGGGGAAUGAGUGGUGUAGGUUUAUUGAGUGCGAUGUUGAGGGUGUGUAUGGGAAUCGUACUAGUACUGCAUCAACGACGGCGAACAGCAGUAAUGCAAGUGGCAAGGAGGAUCUCACCAAGGGCGUUAUCUUCAAGCCUAUUCCGGGAAAUGCUGUGUAUUGGGAGAAUAUGCGGAAUGACGGGUCUGGGUAUGCGGAGAGUUGGCAUGCAGGGUUGCCGGUGCUGGAGGGAAGUAAGGUUGGACUCAAUAUUUGGAGUUGGUUCGCUGAGGGGUAUGUUCCGCCUGUGAAGCAGGGGAGUGUGGGCGAGGAUGAUAUGGACGGGAAGUAA